CUCUCUCUCACACGAUCAAGAAAACUUCAUCAUUCGUCGUAAAAUAUCAUCUCCGGUAUUAAUGGAAGAUUCUAGACUUUUUCCGUUCGCCGGAAACUUAGACCCUCGUGCUCAAGAGUUCAUACCACUUAACCCUACCUCCUCCGGUUUUUACUUUCCGUACACUCCUCCUCCUCCACCGCUUCCUCCGCCGUUACACCCGUCGUCGGAGCCAAGAGUUUUCACAUUCUUCAACAUCCCACCACAUCCGAUGAUGUUUUCUCCUCCUCCUUCUCAACCACCACCAUCACCACCACCGCGUCCGUGUUUUAACGGCGUUUCAGCAGCUCAACGACUUCCUCCGCCGUCAAACUCUCCAACACGAUCUCUCUCAUUGAUCUCCGUACCACGUGAAGUCACCGAGUCUACAGUGAGACGUGACUUGGAGGUUUACGGCGACGUUCGUGGCGUGCAAAUGGAGAGAAUCUCUGAAGGAAUCGUGACCGUCCAUUUCUACGAUAUACGUGACGCUAAAAGAGCAGUUCGAGAAGUUUGUGGUAGACACAUGCAGCAACAAGCCAGAGGUGGAAGCGUUUGGAGCUCACCUUCUACUUCAUCGGCGCGUGGGUUUGUUUCCGGUAGACCUGUGUGGGCUCAGUUCGUAGUUCCGGCCACUAGCGCCGUUCCCGGAGGUUGUAACCAAGGAACGUUAGUAUUAUUUAACUUAGACCCUGAGGUCUCUUCCAUUACUCUCAGACAGAUUUUCCAAGUUUACGGUCCGAUCAAAGAGUUGAGAGAGACACCGUACAAGAAACAUCAAAGGUUCGUUGAGUUUUAUGAUGUAAGAGAUGCGGCGAGAGCGUUUGACCGAAUGAAUGGUGAAGAGAUCGGUGGGAAGCAAGUUGUGAUCGAAUUUAGUCGACCUGGUGGAAUUAAGAACAAGUUCAGGCCAUCUAGGCAACCGCAGCUACCGUUUCAACCGCUUCAACAGCCACCAAUUCUAAUUCCUCCUUUGAGGCGGCCAGUUACUCUCGUGAAAGAUAAAAACAAGAAUGUGAGCCCUAAAAAUGGAAUUAUUGCUGUUGGUGCUUCUAUGCGUUCGUUAUGUAUCAUCGACCAUGACGAUAAUAAGACCCGAGGAACCCGAGGAACGGAGUCCGAAUGCGCGGAGACAAAGAGCAAGAAUGUGGCUAAGUGGGAGAAGAAAAGACAGAUGAAGAACAUGGAACUAAGUCAGUUUCUUAUCAGUGAAGAAACCAUGGAAGAUCCGAGUUGCAGAGAUCCACGUACUACUUUGAUGAUCAAGAACAUACCAAACAAGUACAGUCAAAAGCUACUCUUGGAUAUGCUAGACAAUCAUUGCAUUCACAUCAACAAAGCAAUCACCGAGAAGCACGAUGAACAUGAGUCUCAUCAUCAGCCGUAUUCUUCUUAUGAUUUCGUGUAUCUCCCCAUGGAUUUCAACAACAAGUGCAAUGUUGGUUAUGGGUUUGUGAACAUGACAUCUCCGGAAGCAGCCUGGAGGUUUUACAAGGCGUUUCAUCAUCAACGUUGGGAGGGUUUGGAGGAUCUAAAGGAACACUUCAAGAGCUCUAAGUUUCCGUGCGAGGCUGAGCUAUACCUGCCGGUGGUCUUCUCGCCUCCACGAGACGGGAAGAGGUUAACAGAACCUGUCUCCAUCAACAUCAACGGCUGCACCAGACUUAAUCAUGAUAAUCAUCUUGAGCAAAUGGACGGUCAAGAUCACUCUCUGAGUGGAUCAUGUUGUGAUAGUGACCAUGAUAACAGUCAUGAAGAUGGAUUUUCCGGCAGUAGCAUAGACUGUGGCCGGAGUAUCACCGUGGAAGGAGAAACAUCUUUCUAGGUGUUAUUUGUAAUGUGUAUCAUCAUAAGAUAUAAAAAGUGUAAGUAGAC